ACUGAGCUUUUUAUUUGCGGCCAUGUUGAUGCUGCUGCUGCUGCUGCUGCUGUUCUUCAUUUUCUGGAUUAUUUGUGUGUGUGUGUCUACAGGAAGAUUUGCGACCCUGGCCUGACAUCCUUCGAGCCCGAGGGCCUCGGCAACCUGGUGGAGGGGAUGGACUUCCACCGCUUCUACUUUGACAACUUGCUGUCAAAGAACGUGAAGCCCAUCCACACGACCAUCCUCAACCCGCACGUUCACAUGAUGGGCGAAGACGCAGCCUGCAUGGCGUAUAUCCGCCUGACGCAGUUUGUGGACGCCAGCGGUCGCCCGCGCUCCAGCCAAUCGGAGGAGACCAGGGUGUGGCAGCGCCGCGAUGGACGCUGGCACAACGUUCACUUCCACUGUUCCGGAGCGCACGCUGCACCCCUGCAGGCUUGAGGUAUCCCACCGCCACCUUCGCGCUUGCCACACGCUGCCUGUCAAACACCGUUUGCACAGUCUACGUUUAUACCAGCUUUUGAAAUAGGCCAAAA